ACAGGCUCGUGAUGAGUGCAGCAUGGUGGUCAAGCUGACCGUGGAGCUAAUGUUGUUCGUUGGUAAAAUGUCAAAUACAGUCUCCAUACGAUGAAGUAUGACGGAAGGGGAGUGUAAAAAACCAAGAGUGAGGUGUCCAUUCAACAGCCCGGUUACCGGGUAGAAGGAAGCCGCGCCACGUGGAUUUCGAACUGGCUGUGUUCACCUCCGGAGUUCGGAUUCCGGUGCUCUAGCCACUUGACUAUCUGCUUUCCUUGCAGGUGGAAGUGGGAGUAGCAGUAUCGGCAGUAAUCUAACCAGUAACAACAGUGGAAGUAUCGAUAGUACCUGUAGUAACAGCAAAUAAGUCUCAUUUGUUCUUUCUUGGCCAUCUUCAUUCUCUCCUCCUUCCCUUCUUGUAAUCUCUCAGAGUACUCCAAACAGUAACACGUAAUUGACAUAUUAUUAAAAUUACAAAAUUAAAGACACUUGAUAGACUUUUAUCAAAACAUAACAAACAAUAUCAUUCUCCAACGAGUACGAAAUUGUGACAUUUAGACAUUUUUCUUUUACAUUUUUAAAUAAACCCAUCCACUUAACCAAGAAUCAUGGAAGAACAGCCGUCGUCAUCUCAUUUAAAGUCGCUAACUUUGGCGAAACUUGAGCAGCAAAAGGCAGAGACUGCCGAAUGGUACAACAAACAAUCCCAGCUUGUCAGGGAUGUCAUUGACCCGCUGCAACGGAAGUUGAAGAAAGUCAAAGAGGAAUUGCUGCAGGCUCUUGACUACGCCGCAACCCGCGAUGAGGUGAAACUACAGAACCAGAUAGCUGUCCAGUCUGCCUCCGAGAACGGUAUCCAGGAUUCCAGACAGGUUGUCAGUCUGGAAAUGCGGCGGGCAGUCGUCCCCACCCAAGAGAGCGUCCGCAUCAUCCAUGCUCAACUCGACGCAUGCGCAGUGACAGGAACUGAUGUGAUGUACUCCUUGGGAGAAAUUCGAAUCCUCAUCAUGGGUUCUUGCUUCCAUGGCAAGAGCGCCACUGCGAACACGAUUCUGGGCAGACAACGUUUCACUCUGUCGGACGCCAGCUCUAGUAAGCUGUGCCAGCUGUCAGAGCUUGGAGUAGAGACUUACAAAGAUGCCAGACUAAAGGUCGUGGAGACUCACGGAGUGUGCGGGAUAUCUCACAGACCUCGAGCCGACAUCGAGGCAGGAGUACCUACGUCCUUGAACCUGCUUGCACCCGGCCCGCACGCGGUGCUGUGGACCGUGGCCGCGGCGUGGGGUUACUGGGAGUACAGCGCCGACGCGCACGAGCAAUUCCUGGCUACAAGCCGCCUCCUGCCCCGCUCGGCGCUCGACCGUCUGGUUGUGAUGUUCACGUGCGGUGACCAGUGCACCCAGUACGAGCUGCGGCAGAAGUUGUCCAACAACGAGUGGCUGCAGGCGCUGGUGGCCGAGGCGGGCGGGAGGUAUCUGCUGUUCAACAACAACACCAGCGAUGAGGAGCAGCGGCAGGGCCAAGUGGACCAGCUGAUGGCAAUGAUUACCGAGAUGAACGGUUGGGCUGCCACGAUGAUGAUAGCUGAGACGACAGAGAGCGACCCGAGGACGAGGAGAAUGAAGCAGUAGACGAGCAGGAGGGGCAUGCUGUCCGAGUUCCUGGGCAGAUUCUCCGCCACCAGCGUCAUGUACAUGGUCUGCGACAGAAGGACGGUGGUGCCGAACGACACCUUCUCACCGCAGUCACUGGGAAGGAUGCAGACGAAGAA